GGUGAAAACGCAGUCUAUGAUUAAAGCUAUUCUCUUGAUUUGUUACAAUUUUGUGAGAAUUUGUGAAAAUGCUAAACUCUAGACUUAUUUCCAAACAAGUGUGUGUUCAAAACAACAACACAAUGAACUUGUUAUUUUGUUAAAUACAAACUUGUUUUGUCAUAUUAAGGAAGGGGAGUGGUUAUGCCAGAAGGAUGCCGUCGACGUCGCGGUCGAGGGGCUCCGGGCGCGGGCCGGACGGCGCGCCACGGACCCAAGUCAUAGCGCCCAUGUCGGAGCGGCAACAGCUGGCCCUAGUGAUGCAAAUGACUUCACAGGACGCUCUUCAAGCCGCUCCGACACCAGCAGAGGAGAGGAAGCGUACUAGGCAUCACCGUAACGAGCGCGGAGAGACUCCCCUUCAUGUGGCAGCUAUCAAAGGGGAUCAUGAUCAAGUAAAAAAGCUUCUCGACCAGGGUCAAGAUCCAGACGUUCCUGAUUUUGCUGGAUGGACCCCACUUCAUGAGGCGUGCAGCUACGGUUGGCACCCUGUCGUUAUAGUACUCGUUAAUGGGGGAGCCAAUGUCAAUGCGAAGGGUUUGGACGACGAUACUCCACUACACGAUGCCACUACCUCUGGAAAUCUAAACAUGGUGAAAUUCCUUAUUGAACAUGGAGCAGAUCCAUAUAUCAAGAAUAAAAAAGGAAAAACGCCAUUAGAUUACGCAGCGCCGCACAUCUAUGAAUAUUUGGAAACAGUAAAAGAUAAUAACGUUAGAGCGUCACACGUCGGUCGCACAAGGGAUGACAGCUCCAAGAAAGGUUGCAAUGCUAGUGCUAACAGCGAUUGUAGUAAACGAAGUAAUAUGGAUGGCCUAGCGCAGGCUGAACACUUUGACGCCAAGGAAGCCAUUUCACAAGAAAAAGGGGGUACCUCAGAUAUUAGAGAUGAAGGCGUUCAACAUAACAGUGGCGUGGUACCAUCCCCACAAGAGGAAACUAGCAGUAGUUCAAAAAGGCCAUAUUCGGAAGAAAUUCAAGAAAGUGAAACGGCCGAUGAUGAUGUAUCGAAGAGAAAGAAGCGCAAAGAGAAUGAGGAAAAAGAGCCAAUGGCUAAACCACCACCUGUAGCACGAAAUGGGCCUGGACGAAUUCUCACGGGCAGUAAACCUCCGGGUCCAGCAAGUAAAACCGGCGCAACGCCGCUAGGCAAAAACAGUGGAGCACAAAGUUCUAAUAAAGGUGCAGGUGGCAGUUCCUCGGGGAAAGCCGGUCUGCAAGCGCAGGGAAAGGGAGGCGGUGCGGGGAGUAAGGUCAACGCGCAGGGUUCUCACCAGGGCAAAUCAUCUAGCAGUUCAAAAGGUGCAUCUAGUUCACAAGCAAAUAAACAGGACAGAAAAAGUCCUGUUGCUAGUCCAAAGCCAAAUCAUGGAAAAGACAAUGGGGAUGGCGAUAUGGAUGAACCGAAGGUGCAGGAAUCAACCGCCCCGAAGGUUCCACCACUCAAGAUUGUAAUUCCCGGUGGUGCAAGUGGUUCGGGAAGUCGAAAUGAACAAGAAGGGGAAGGUGGUACAGGACAAAGAGGAAGUGGCAAAGGGCGUGGCAGUGUAUCUACAUUACCGUAUGUCAUUCCUUGUACCAGUAAUGAUACAGGACAAACAUCUGACAGCUCUGAUGGCAACUGUGAUGACAAAAGAGUAACUGAAACUGGGAAGGCUGGGCAAAGAGUCCUGCGUUCGCACAGGACUAAUGAUGGGGAGAAAGAGAAGGACAAGGAGAGGACAUCCCCUCAGACAGGGACAGAUAAUCGUUCCGGAUCAGGGCAGAAUCAGUCUUCUUUGCAUUCCAACAAGAGCCCGCCACCUUCGGGCUCUAAGUGUGAUGGUGGCAAAAAAAAUGCCCAGGAUGGCGACCAUGGUACAACAACGUCAUCAAGUGGCAACAGUAGCAGAUCUGAGUCUGUUGCAGCAAGUGGAGCCACAGUGGAAUUGCACCCUCGCAAAAGAAAAAUUAAAGCCUCUAGAGAUAGUCAUUCCCGUGAUUCUUCCAAGAAUGAUAUGGCGUUGGAAACCAGCUCAGCUGCUCACAAUGUUACUCAUUCCAACCCAUACCAAAUGUACAUCCACAUACGUAAACAGAUUGAUCGUCGGCAGAAAGGCUUAUUUCCGGUGAAGCCUAAACCGCCAAAAGAUUUCAACAAAUAUCUGAUGAAUCGGUGCACAUACACCCUUCAAAGCAACGUCAAUCCUGAACCUCAGGUGGAAAUACCUAUUAAUUUACCACCACAGAUGGUUAAUGAGUUUAUGUGUCAGGAAAAAGAAAGAACCCGCCUGCGUAUUCAACAUCUAGUCGAAAAAGAAAAACUUGUACUGGCAGUCGAACAAGAAAUACUACGCGUUCACGGACGCGCCGAACGCGCUGUGGCUAAUCAGGCUCUCCCGUUCUCUGUGUGCACAAUGCUACGCGACAAAGAAGUAUAUAAUGUAUUAGCCCCAGAGCAAGAGGAGAAACGCAACGCGCAGCGGUCCCGAUGUAACGGUAGACAAAUCAACUCCUGGUUGCAGGAGGUUGAUGACAAAUGGGAAAAAAUAAAGGAAGGAAUGCUUCGACGUCAGCACACAGAGGCAGAAACCUUGCACGCAGUACAAUCAAUGGGUUGGGAGUGGAAACUGAAGGAAUUAGGCAUUUGUGACUACAAGGCGACGCCCAAGAUUGACCCGUCUCAUGUACCACAAAUACAUGUGUCGAAUUUUGACUUGCCCGCUUGAAUUUUCAGUUCAGAUUGCCUGUGUUCAUGUGAGGUCAGUCCUAGAUAUUGAUAUAUUUAGGCUGACAUAACUAUUUUUAUGUUAAUUAGAAACUCAAGUUCUAAUUCUAUUUAAAACACCAAUUGGUAAUGCGACUCAAGCGGAGCUACAAAAUUGGAUUUUGAAAACAAAUUCUCGAUAUGUGUCGAACCUGGUAAGAUUCUCCCGCGUCCCACUGCUCGGUAACUAAUGACCCUACACUUGUCGUACAUACGAUUUCACAUUAAUUUUACGAUUGUCAAAUGAGUCAUUUGUUCUCGAGGGUGGUCAUUACACUAAUAAUUUUAAUUGUUCGUCAAUGACGGUGUUAUUAUGGUUAUAAAAAUAAUUAUUAUUUAACAUACUUUAAGUAUUAAUUUUCAUAUUAUUUAAAUUAUGUUGCCAAAGGAUGAUGCCCAUCUUGAAAACAAAUAUUUGACAGAAGAAGUACAAAAACUGACAUGUUUUAUUAUUUAAAUACCAUGACAUUGCUAUAAUUAUUAAUAACUAGUGACUCGCCCUGCUUCGCACGGGUUAAAAUAAUAUUUUAAAUUAGUAUUUAGACCAUGCAGAUACAACAAUAUUUAUAGUUUUCAUAAUAAAGUAUAGCAGCGUCGCAAUUAUCUGUCAAUUUUUAAAAACAAUUGAACAUUUUUAAAUGUUUCGAAAAACGUGUAAUAAAUAUAUAAUAUUGAAAUAAUCAGUCAGAAACAUUAGAAAAGACGUUGGCAAAUUAUGCAAACAAAAAUUGUGUAGACGUAUAAGAGAGUAAGAAAUAAAAAAGAAACACUUUUUAACACUGAAAAAUGUACACCCGAUUACCAAACGGCGAGAAAUUUCUGCCUGCAACUUAUGUUGAUCACUUUUUUCUGAACCUCAACUGACCAUAGAUAAAUAUUGGUAAAAAGGACGGGAUCAAUUAAAAAACUUCACAUGAUCAAGGUACCGCAGCUUCCCCUGCUAUAAAUAUAUAUAUUAUUUAUCAUUAAUUUUCACAUCGCAUGCCAAAUAAUGGCAUUUACAGUCAUUUUUUUAACAUUUUAAUAUCCUGAUGAGAUAAAAAAAUUCACUACAAAAACAUCAUAAUAUUUCUAUCACUAAAAGCAAAAAGCAGCGAACUUUAAAAAAGAGCAAGCACAAAAGAUCAUGUAAAGGUCGUAGUGUCACAGAUUUUUCAGCCUGAAAACCACGUCUUUUAAUAAUAAUAAAUAUUUUUCAUUGUUGUAAUUUUCGUAGCAAUCUCUAAUUUUUUUUUAAUAAUAAUUUUAAAAUUGUUUAAGUAGUUUUUGAGUUUAUCCAUUUCAAAUAUACAAAGAAAUCUUUUCUUCCUUUAUUAUUGUUAUAGCUGUAUCGCUUCUUUGUUCGCGUUAAUUAAUAUAUAAAGUAUCCUACAUAUAUCUUAAAUUAGGAUAAGGCCAUCUACCUGUGUACCAAAUUUAUAUUUUGUUAUGUGGAUAUAAAUUAGUAUGUAUGUUAAGUACAUAAUUAUAUUUUACCGAUUUGAUCGGUUUCAUAUAAACUAUUUUCCCAUAUUAAUUUUUAUCCCCUAAUUAAUAUCUGGAAUUCGAUCAUAUCUUCGUUUUAGGAAAGAAGUUAAUCGAAUAAAUUUUGCCCUAAUUACAUGAUUAUUAUUACAUUCUUAGUUUUAGUCUUUAAUUAAAGUAGAAAAAAAUUUCAGUAACUUUCAUCUCUUAUUUAACACAAUUAUGGGAUGAAUUUUGUGAAAAACAAGUUUUAUAAGUUGUAUAAAAGAAUAUGCAUAUGAUUAAUUUUAAGUAGGUUAAAAAUAUAUACUUUUCAUACAAACCACUAUUCGCUCCUAUUUUUACAACCUUAGAGGCCAAAUUUCAAGCAAUCCUUUCUUAUUUUUUAUCUAGAUCAUAAAAGUAAUCUACUGUGUAUUUCUAUUUCUAGCUAUUACUAUAGUUUUGGCUGUUCGAUGAUGAGUCCAUCAAGAUAUUUCUCUAUCUUUAUCCCGUUUUAAAACACUUAAAAAUUAAAUUAAAAAAAAAUAUAUAUUAAUUUCAUUUUUAUUUAAGCGUAUUUAAAUUUUAAGUAACUAUUGGUUAAAAAAAAUCCAUAUAAACUUCCACCCUUAUAUUUAUACCCAUAGAGAACGAAUUUCGAAAAAUUCUUAUUGUGUUUGUCACAAAAAGAACCUACUGUCAAAGUUUGGUAUUUGUAACUUAGUAGUUUCGGCUGUGUGUUGAUAAGUAUUCAGACAGAAUUUUUCUCUUUGUAAUAUAGUUAUAAUUUAGAAAAUAUGUGAAAGAAAAUAAAUAUAUUAUUUAUAUACUCUAAAAGUGAACGAAAAUUAUUUUAUUAAAAUAUAUUUUAAAUUAAGGAAAAACAAAAUAAUGCAUUACUAACAAAUACAGUGUUUAGCAUUUCAAGAGUUUAUUCAUACUCUUUUAUGUAUAAUGUAUUCCAUUAUUAUGAACUUGUAGUAAUCGGGAUACACAUUUGUAGUAGAUAUAUGUAUAGUAAAUCCUAAUAUUUUUACUACUCCGCGCUAUUAUUUAAGAUGGGUAUCCGCCUUUUAAUAUUAUAAUUCAAAAUUAUUCAAAUAUUUGCUGUAAUUAUUGGUUUAAUGUAAGAAAAUUCUCAAUAAACGCUAUAAUUUGUAAUAUUCUAAUUGAUUAUCCUUAUAUUUAUCAUGGUUAUUGGUUUAAUUAAUGUUACAAAAUCUUCAUUAAAUGCUGUAAUAAUUUUUAAUAUUUAUACUUAUUUCAAACUGUUUAUCCAUAUAUUUUUUUAAUCAAUUAAUGGAUUAAUUAGUAUAACAAAAUCUCAGUAUAUGCUAUAAUAAUUAUUAAAAUGUUCUGCUAUAUAGUGUUUGUUAGAAUAUAAUAAAGAAAAACAGGGAUUUAAUAUUAGGCACACAAAUAGGAUGUCAUACGAUAAUGUUUCAUUCAUUAAAACAAUUGGGCAUACAGUCACUAAAGCAGAUUUGUGAUUGCUAAAUAUGCUUAAUAUUAUAUAUAUAUAUAUAAUAUAUAUAUAUAUAUAUAUAUAUAUAUAUAUAUAUAUAUAUAUAUAUAUAUAUAUAUAUAUAAAAAAAUUAAUAACCGACAUUUUAAUUUCACAACUUGUGAUUUUAUAAUUGUAAAGCUUGUUUACUAUUAAUUUUAUUAUCUGUCUGAAAUGGUGACCCGUCUGAACUAUUAUAUGCCCAAUUGUAUGUGGUCUAUCUAAUACAGUCAAAUAUUAAUAAAUAUUGACUUACGUAUUGCUGUUACAUUUAUAAUUCACACCUGCUUUUGCUUUGUCAUAAUUGUAUCGAUGAUUUGGAUACAUAUUUUAAAUAAUUCUACUACUUUUAAAUAUUAUUUUAAUUGAAAAUAUAAUAUCGUACAUUGCAGAAAAAUUUACUCCUGUCAAAGAAAAAAUUUACUUGGAUCUGUCAACCAUAUAGGUACCUUAUCUAUUGCAUAAUUUUAAUGUUUGAUAUGAGAGAAUUAUAAUAAUGCAUAAAAACGUUUAACUACUAAUACCUCCCCAAAGAUUUAUAAAAUAAUUGUAAAUUGUAUUCUAACUUCCUCUUCUCUUUUACACAGAGAAAUAACUUCUAAUGGUUAAUAAUAUAUUGAAAAUUUAUCUUAAGAUCGAUUAUGUAUUUUUAACUUCAUCUUUUUAUCUUCAUCAUUUAGAAUAAAUUCAAAAAUAACAUGUUUUCUAUUUCCUGUCAAGUCUUGCCCAUGUUAGGAGGUAUUCGCAGUCAACCGUCUAUAACGAGAAAUGUAAAUAAAUGGAUUUAUACGUUCCGAAAUCUUCGAUUCAAUUAUAAAUAGAACAAUAUAGUAUAUUUCUACUUGGAAAUAUAAUUAUUAAUGUUUAAUUUUUUGUAUUAAAUCGUAACGACUUCAAUCAAUAUAGAUCUCAAUGUCAUGAAAAA